CUCCUCGCUUUCUCACCACCAGUUCUCUUUGGUUGACGUUCUAUCAAGGUGAGUUAACGGAGACUUGCACGGCCGUGUGCUCGAGGCGCGAGGGAUGUAUGUCGGAGGUGUCGUCGAUUUGAGUGGUGUGCGGGAGCAUCGCGGAGAGGUGGCACUGUGGGCGAGUCGAACAGAGGACGGCAGCAGGGGGGGUGGCAAGGAGACGUGACGGGUGCGCAAUCGCCGCAAAAGAGACGAUCGGGCCAUAGUCUAGGACGCUAUUCACGAAGCUGUGUCGAUGGCAGAUGGGUUCUGGGAACGGAAGGGCAGACAAAUCGCAAGGCUCUUUGUCAGGCUGGGAAGCCGAGCUCUUUAGGACUUGUCUCCUCUGUCGAGAACAAGGUGCUGACUCCCUCGACUGCAGACUUCACACCUCAAAUCCAAAAUGGGAAAGGUUCACGGAUCGCUCGCUCGUGCCGGUAAGGUCAAGUCUCAGACCACGAAGGUCGAGAAGCAAGAGAAGCCCAAGACCCCCAAGGGAAGGGCCUUCAAGAGGUUGUUGUACAACCGUCGCUUCGUCAACGUCGUCCUCGGACCUAGCGGUAAGAGGCGCGCCAACGCCCAGGGAAGCUAAAUGCACUCCCUUUCGCAAAAUCGACUCUGAUGACUGCGGGCUGGCAAGAAAUCGAAGACAAGGUGUUGGGAUAUGUUCGAUCACCAGGUCGCCAUCGCACCCCUUUUAGAGGUUUUCAUGCCAGUCCCGAUCGCUCUCUUAUGUCUCCAUGUAUAACUCUCGGCCCGUUUUCAGGCAUACAUCAAUUCUCAUCAUCUCGAGCAAAAUAUGCUUUGGCGACGCCCUCGUGGCGAUGAUCUCCCACACA